AUGGUUACUACUGAUACCGAUUUACUAUCAGAUUUUCGUGAACAAUAUACAUUUUCACCGACUAUUCUAACAUUGACAUUUUCAAACGAUAGUUCAAAUAAACAUCAACGAUGUCUUGAUAAAUCUCCACGUAAAACUAAUUUUUAUCAAGAAGAAAAACGACCAACAACAUCUCGAAUGGCUGAUUUCGAUGUGAGAAAUUCGAAUAUACAUGAUUCAUUAUUAUCAUCAUCAUCUUAUACAUGGCAUCGACGACCUAAUAGAGUAGAAGAAAUAGCACCAGCACCUGAUCUUGUAUAUCGAUAUAGUCACAUGGAAGAACCAAAAACAAAAAAAUCAACACCAAUGCAUAGCAGGUCUCGUUCAGGUUCAUCAACUUCACGAUCUUUAUCAGCACAUAGUCCACGUUCACCACAACGAUCACAUCGUUCACCAACUCCUUCAUCACCACGAAAAUAUCCUCAACAAUACAAUUCAAUCUAUGAAUAUAUUCUUCAGUCCAUAAAAGACAUAGAACAAAAUCGUAAUUUAAAACAAGAAAAAUUUUCAACACUUAUAAAACGUCCACAAAAUGAUGAUAUUAUAUUACAACGUGCAUUAAGUGCUAGAAAACAUGUAACAACGAAAAUAUAUAAAAAAGAUCUACAAAAUGCAAAAGAUAUGAUGUAUAAUGCUACUCAAUCUGAUGAACAAACGUAUCUUUGA